UACGUGGUUUUAUACUUCGUAUCUACGCACGAUUAUUGAGGAGACAGGCGGGGGGAAAAGUGUGGCUACCGUGGGACGUCUUUUCUUCACAACGUUGCCUUAGUCAAAUAGGCCAAGACCUAUGUUGUAAAAGUUUUUUCUCUGUGUCUGUAAUUCACUUCCCCCUCGACAAGUGCACAAAUCAGAUCAGAUAUCAGCUCUACAAACGCAUUGCCCUAAAUAGCCAAAGGAUGAGUGACGAAGCAACUAAAGAUUCGCAGUGCACCUGCGUCAGCAAAAUCAUCAAGUUGGAUCCGAAUCUCCUGCAGAGGAGAGAAUCUUUGUUCGCAAGCUCCGAGGCGCAGUCCAUCAUUGAGCAGAUGACCGGGGUGUCCUGUAACGGGCAGGUGAUCCUCAAAAAGACCACCGAGUCCCAAGCCGAAGACCCUACCGAGGAGGCUCCCGCGGUCGAAACAUCCUCGACCGAGGGUAAAGAGGAUAACAAGAGGGUCGCUAUGACUAACAAGAGCAAGGCGGGGAAGGAGAGAGAGAAACACACCAUGGCAGACGUGGCCUCUAAAGUCAUGAAUUCCAAGCUGUACACGAACGAUCGGACCACCCGUGCCGUCAAGAAGUGGCGGGCCUUUCGCACGAGGGAAGAGAGGAGACUUGCUGGUGAGGACGGGCAGGAGAAGCACGAAGCCAAGGACGACAAAGAUGAGAAAACCGACGAGGCACAAUCGAAGGUUGGAAUUGGGGAUAGCUCACCGUCAACCGCAUCUUCUAUUACGACGACAUCCGCUGGCGCCAAUACCACUAACACCAAAUUCAGUUUGAGCAGACAGGAUGAAAACGACAGUAAUGAUGACAUUGACAGUGAUAGUGAGAGUGACAGUAGCGAUGACAGUGAAACGAAACCCACCGACCAGCCCAGAGUCGCAACCCCCACUCCUCCCAAAUCCCCUGUCCUCCACAGACCCGCUCGAGCCCGAUUCGGCCGUCGAUACUCUAUGCCUUUGAAUGUCAUGACCCCCGCCCCUCCCCGUUUAUCCCCGGCCGUGUCUCCCCCUCACGGUUCCCCGAAGGCCUCCCAGGAAUCCUCCCCAAACCGACGCCCCCACGUCACUGCCGCCAUCACCAAGCUCCAGAACAACAGGGAGAAGCUGUCCAUGCUGUUCGACAAGAGGUCUGAGGUCAUCUCCUCUUUGGACGCAGAGAGCGAAGUCGUCGGAAUCGGGAAGAGGGUGACGAGACUGUGCAACCGUCGGGCCUCCGACUCAAUGUCGACCUUGUCAGACUUCCUUCGGAAACAGCAGAUAUCUCUGACUGGGAGCAGCACUGGUAGACUUUUACAGAGGCGAGGAUCCGUAGGUACAAAUAUCCUCGCCCGCAAUACAAGGACGCCAGCCGUGGAUUCCAGUCAAAUAAGCCCCGUGGCCCCUGGUCCCAACGACGACAACAAGAUAAGGAGUGGAAGGCCGGAAUUCAAGAGUCGCAGCUGCGAAGAUGUCGCCAUCCCAAAUCCGCCUGGCCAGCUCCACCCUCCCCCGCCGUUCCACGGCGGCAGACGCGGCUCCGUGUGUGUCGGCCAGAUCGCACGCGUCAGAGAUGGCACCUCACCCGAGCUGCAGUCCCCCCGGAGACCGCCUGCCGAUGGGGAGACUCCCCUCGGACUGAUCUGCUCCAGCAAAAAAAACGUUCCCCAGGAGAGAAACCCAGACGGAGAUUCUGGAAAGGACAAGGACACCGCAAACCACAAGUCACCUCCCCAAGGGCCUCCCCAACGGUACAUGAAAAACAGACGCGGCUCCGUGAGCUUGGCACACAUCGCGCACGCUCGGGAAAUGCUGCAGUGUAAGACACUGGGAAACAGCGAGUCUCAAAAGAACGGGCUUAGCAAGAGUGUGCCGCUGACUCUCGCCAACAUAGAGGUUCACAACACGCUGCUCUCACCGUUCUCUUUCCAGUUUUUCAGCGAUCGUAUACCGACAACUGCAGGUGCUGGACCGGUAAAAUCUGAGGACUCUCCCAAGCCCGCCGAGGUUUCGACCAAACCCGCAGCCAACCAAGCCCAAGGGGGCGUACAUGUAAGGGAGGGUGAGCCCAAGCUGGAGGGACCGGAGACGGCGAGGGAGAUGGGCACGUCUUCCCUCCGGCAGGGCUCCUCCCCACGCCGUGCAUCCACGCCUGCCGUGCCGGUGUCUGAGCGCAAGUACUCACUGUUCCUCAGGACAGACAGCGAGAUCAGAGAAGACAUCGAGAACGAGAUCCAGGAGAGGGUGGCUCGGCGGAGACGCGAACUCAUGGCGGUUCGGUGCGUCAGCGCCAAGGGGGCCCAGAGGCUAGAAGCCCGGGCGCUGGCGCAGUCGGCGGCCGGUCGUCUCAAGAGGAAUCUGCACGAGGUGACCAAGCAACGGAAGACCAAAGAACUCAUGCAGAUAGAGGAGGAGAGAAAUCGGUUGCUGAAACAGAUGAUGUUGCUCUCUUGA